UUGUAUAAAGUAGUAGUGGAAGAGACCUACUUAAAACUAACAAUUAACUUUACUUAACUGUCAUUAAGAAGACCAAAAGCCUAUGAUCAAGAAAAUCUGGUACUAAUUACUGUUAUACACGUGAUUCAGGUAACCUAACGAAGAUAUGAAUACAUCCGUCCCAUCAAGUGCUCUUGCUUAGUGUUUGUCUAAAGUCAUGGAUCCUACAACCACGACACUGUCCAAGGACGAGGUAGCGCUGCGGUUCCAAGAAAAUUGGAAGGCUAAAAACCCAGAGGACGAUGUGUCUGAAGGAACUUCACCUCACGUAGACGAUGGAUUAACCAGUUUAAACUGGCUACAGAAUCUAAAUAUCAUGACCAAGCUUGGGGCUCCUACACCUCCUACACCUCCUGCUAGCCCCGUACCCCUCUUGGACCCUAAGGGGGACAAUAAGUCUGGUUGUGACGACGCCAGAUGGAAAACAGAUAAAGGUGAUGAAGAAAUUGAUUACAAGACGAACGGAUCUGUGAAGCCUCCAUUCUCAUAUGCUACACUUAUCUGUAUGGCAAUGAAGGCGAAUAAAAACAAAAUGACACUAUCUUCGAUCUACAAGUGGAUAAGGGAGAACUUUAUGUAUUACAAAAAUGCUGAUCCUAGUUGGCAGAAUUCCAUUCGUCAUAAUCUUUCACUGAACAAAAGUUUUAUCAAAGUUCCUCGGAGUAAAGAUGAACCAGGUAAAGGAGGAUUUUGGAAAUUGGAUCCUAAUUACGCCAAAUCACUGGUCGAUGGCGUCUUCAAAAAACGUCGUCCUGCACAAAAGCAGCCUAAUAGUGGAUUUCCAAAAAAGAUUCGAAAAGAGAGAAACACAAAAAUUCCAAUUGAGAACAGAAAUCAGUUGGUAUCAGACAUCAUUCAGGACACCCCUCCAGGAUCAGCAGGGUCGAAUGCUUGUAUGAAUGGAGAGCUUCAUAGUAUUGUUGACAGCUUAGGACGUUUAACAGAUGUAGCCCCAAAGAAGCUUUCUUCGGUUUUAAACAUGGAAACAAUCAACUAUACCCUCACUAUACCGGAUGACCCCGUUGUUUCAGACAGUAAUUCUAUCAGUAUUGUUCCUCAUAACCAGGAAAAAGAAGAGUUUUACAGUUUAGAGGAUGGUCUGCAAGAUAAUUUAAAUGUUCUUUUGAACUACCCAUACACCGAAUUGGAAGCACUUCAGAAGCUUCAAUCUUCAGAAGAGGCGACAACCGGAAGUCAGUCUAACACAUUGAUGUCUCCUUCUCCUCUCCUUCUGGAACAUGAUUUCUUUCCUACCGAUACAAACGACUCACCCCUUCCCAAUGACUUAGAUCUAUCGUCUUCUUCUGCAACAGACACCCUACAGUUUCCCGAUCAGGGUGCAAAUCUCCUUUCUUCCGAUUGGUGGUCUGGCUUCCAGCAAACUCAAAACGACCUUCUUUGUCUGACGCCAUCUUUGCUCAACUUUUCGUUGCCGUCCUCAUCUUCAUCUAACCCUAGUCACCUCGGCGAUAAUUCUAGCACCCUCUACUCAUCAGUGCUGACUCUACCUGCAAGUCCUUCAGGCGCUGGAUUUGACCAGCAGAUAGCGGUACAAGAAACGGGUAACCAGCCGUGGGUCGACUGCAAAGCUGCUCUUGAAGCUGCUGCUCUUGACCUGGAGAGUUUUAAUGACUUUGAUACCAGUCAUGUUUUUUAA